AGGAAGAGAUCUCUGCACUUUUCAGGAAUUCAGGGGAGGAGUGCAGUUCAGAGCCUCUGUGUCAGUUACUCCCAAGAGCUCCACCCAAGACCACCAUGCAGUCAUUCAUCUGCAGCAAGAAGGCAGUAGCCACAUGGCUUGUGGUGUUCCUCCUCAUUUACCAGGUCUCCUCCAGCCCAGUUCCAGAGGGCCAGCCCUCCAGCACAGGCUUCAGCACCAAGACCCUGAGUAGGAAAGCCCGCAUGACCCCCCUGUGGCGAUCAAUAGGUAUCAAGCCUCAUGGAGCCUACUGCAAAGACAGCUUUGAAUGCACAACCAAGGUUUGCAGAGAGGGGCACUGCUCGUCCUAUCAGCACUUUCAAUCCUAAGAGACUGUGUCAUCAUCCUCAGACACAGAAGUGCACUAACCCACCAAAUUUCUUCACUACAGAAAUACGACUGGAGCAGUUAGGGAGUGUAGAAAAACUUAUCUUUUUUGUUUUAAAUAAUGCACCUUGUAAAUUGGCAAUGUAAUGUAUGUGAUAUUAUAAAUGUUUGCGGCAGUUUAGUUUAGGAAGUGAGACAGUCCUUACUGUGGACUGCAGUGUCUGGAAAACUGGGUUUGGUAAUACCAAUGUUUAAAGCUAUUAAAAGGGUAAAGGCAAGUGGGAUGUUUUUUAAAAACAAAAUAACCUAUACAUGAUCUAUAGACUCUUUUUGAAAAUGAGAAAAUUUCUAUAGAAAACAUUAAGUUAUUUUCUAGGAAGACUUUGGAAUCAGAAAUGUUACAAUGUUGCCCCAGUUGUCAAAAAAGAGAAUAUCAGAAUUUUGCACUAAGGACAAUUAAUUGUUCAAGUUUUUUCUCUGAGCAGUGAAUGUAAAUCUGCUGGUAUUUUAAUGUUACGUUUAAGUAACACUCAAAUGUGCAAGACUAUUCUCCAUAGCAUCAUACUGUAUAUUGUUAUUCCACUAAAGACUGUAUUUCUGCUGGAAAAUUCAAUAUAUUGCUGUGAUGCAGUGUUUCCAGCUAAAAUCUUCAGAUCCUGCAACAGAAUGGCACUAAGAACACAGUGCUCAUGACUUUAAAAAAAGCUCAUACAGUACAUGUAAUAAAUACAAAGACUAAAAACUCUCCCUGUAGCUCAAGUGUUAAAGAAAGUUCUGGAUAUAACCAUGCUCAUUUCAUUUAAUUCCUCUUUUUUUUUUAAAUGGAACCAUAUUUACAAUGUUUUUUUUAAGAAAGAGAACAUAAGCUAUCAAUUAAAAAAGUAAAUCACACAUCUCUUUUGGCAUUGAUGGGGUUGAGAGUUGAGAAGAAUUGUUUAGUUCUGAAAUUCCUUAAGUUCACAAAAGUUCACAGAGAGUGGGAUUCUCGAAUUUUAUGGGAAUUACAGAGAAAUGCAUGUAUUAAACUUGUGGACACCAUUAUAUUUGUUAAUUACUCACAUAGCAAUGCUGUACGUGAUAUGUCAAAGUACUGCAGCCUUUUUCUAGUUAUUAAGCUGGUUGUGUACUCCUAUGCUUAUUAAUAACUCAUUUUUUAAAUGGGAAAGUCAUGCGAUUUUUUUGUUACUCAAAACCUUUUCAAAUGUACCACCUCCCACAAAAUGCAGUGAAACAUUUUUGAGGAAAGAUUUUUAAAAGUGUUCUUCCCCAAGGUGUGUACUAAUGUAAAUCAUUAAAAAAAAAAACGUCAGCUCCAAUUCUGCUCUCACAGAGCCAAGCUGAUGUUUAAUCGUUUUAUUUAUUUUAACAAUUCAAGUUUUCAUAUUGACAUGUUGUACGUGAAUUUCCAAAUACAAACAUGAACUUAUAUGUGAGGUCUAUUUAUUGUGUAAGCAGCCUAUGUAGACAGUGUCUUUUGUCUUUAUCUUCAUUCAGCAUGACUUUCCUCCAGGGGCUUAACUGAGGGGACAAAUUUGUCAUUUUGGAUGCUGAGUGUAGGAUGCCUUUGAUUGGCAAAAGGAGAAGGAAUGUCAUGGAGUCCAGUAAUUAUUUAUGUGCACAUGGGUGUAAUGUGAAACACUUCGUUAGGCUCGCAAAAUAACGUACUGUAAAAGAAUAGAAAAUUCAUAGUACUGUGACUUCUGACUUUAAUGUUUUGUAUUUCCUUUUUUUGUUUUGACAAGAGACUGUAAAAUGCAGAGAGUGUCAUUUUACUAAUAAAAAAGCCUUAACCAAAA